AUGUUGCUGUUGACUCGUACCAAAACAUUGUCAGCUUCUGAAUCUUCACGUAAAAAGUCGAAAUCUGUGAAGAGAUGCUCGUCGUGUAAACGUCCAAACAGUACUCGGCGGUGCAAGACACCAGACCCAAAUGCGGACAAGGAAAAGACCCGUAAUCGUAGUGGAUCUUCUUCGAAAAAAGAGAAAAAGAAUUCUCUCGUCAACCCAAAUCUUCCACCAAAUCAUCCAACUGCUCCACCACAAUCACUUCGUAAACCAGAUGAUGAUUUCUCUGAUCUCUCGUUCCCCGAACCACCAACAACAUUCGUCGGUGGAAACCGACCAGGUGGAGGAUCAGGAGGUGGAGGCAACACUGGAUCCGGCGGUGGCAACUUGGAUGAUUUCGAUGACUUGGCUCGUCGUUUCGAAGAACUGAAGAAGAUUAAGUAA